AUGCAGAGUCCAACAAAGUCGUGUCCACUUUAUAGCCACAAUAAGGGAACUGACCAAGCUCCACCCAGGAGACUGGUCAUGGAUCCUAAUUCGUUCCAGGAAAACAUGGACAAUGCCAGCAAGCGUCGUUCUCCAAGCAUUGAUGAAGAUGCAGACUCUAUUGAGAGAAGCAAGGUUGAUUCACUCACCAAUGACACUGACAAGAUGGUAGCGGAAGCCUCUCCCGACAAAAUUGCUGGGGAAAGUGGGUCCACCAAUAUGAAAGAUAAGGAUUCCAAUGACAAACCAUCAUCCAACAUCGUUCUCACUGGAUGCAAGGGCGUUGGCAAAGCAAGUUCCAUUAUGUCAGACCUUUCCGAUUUACAGUCAAUUGAUAGCUGGCCCGAGUGGAAGGAGGAUGAUGCUGAUUUGUACUUGGAACCACUUUCUGAUACAAAUUCAGCCAAGGAAGCGAGAAAAGAAGCAAAUAGUCACAAGCCAGAGGGCCGAGGGAUGCUGAUGUUGAUAAGACCUUAA